CAGAUUUGUCUGAAACAACUCCUGAAACAACUGUUGUGAUCUCACCACCGCUGGCACACGGUUCAUUUGACGCACUGAGUACUCUACAAGAUGCAUAAACAAUAUAAAUCUGUGAGCCCCACCGAUGACAUCACAGCUGUGACGACUGAGAAUGGACAUCAACCAAGGAAACACCGAUAUGUGCGUAAAGAAGGCACCUGUGACGUUGUGUUCCGCCAUGUUCCCGAGGAGUGGCUGCUCUUUGUGAAUGACAUAUUCACCACCUUGGUGGAGAUCAGAUGGAGGGUGAUGUUUCUGAUCUUUGCCCUGUCUUACAUCCUGUCCUGGCUCUUCUUCGGCAUCCUCUUCUGGGUCAUUGCUCUCGCUCACGGUGACAUCAAAGACCACACAACUGACCCCUGCGUGUACGAGGUGCGCAGCUUCACAGCCGCUUUCCUCUUCUCACUUGAAACUCAAACCACCAUUGGUUACGGUUUCAGGGGAAUGUCCGAGAACUGCAUGAUUGCCAUCAUCAUCGUCACCAUCCAAGAUGUCAUGAGCUGCGUCAUCGAUACCUUUGUGAUUGGAAUUGCCGUCGCCAAGAUGGCAUCUGCUAGAAAGAGGGCGCAGACAGUGGGCUUCAGUAACUGUGCUGUCAUCAACCUUCGCGAUGAUUACCUGUGUCUUUCCUGGAGAGUCGGUGACUUCCGCAGACACCACCUGGUGGAGGGAAUGGCUCGUGCUCAGAUAGUCCGUUCAACCGCGCACGCCACGGGAAAAAUGGAUGUGACCUAUGAAGACCUGGUCAUCCAGCAGAGGGACAUCAUCCUGGUUACACCUACCACCAUCUGCCACAGGAUCGAGCCCGGCAGCCCUCUGUACAAAAUGAGUUUGGUAGAUCUGCGGAAAGCAGACUUUGAGCUGGUGGUUUCGUUCACGUACACAGAUGACAGCACAGGUAUACUGCAUCAGACCCGCACCUCAUACACUCCAGCUGAAAUCCUCUGGGGUCAGCUGUUCCAGGAGAUGAUCAGGGUCAGCAGGAGGCACUACAGGGUGGAUUACAUCCUGUUCAAUCAAACUGCGAAGGUGCUGGUGCCCGAGGUGAGCGCUGAGGAGUACGAACACAAGAAGCAGCUGCGGCCCUCCCCUCGACAUUCCCCACGACAUUCGCCUCACGGUACUCCACGGCUCUCUCCGAGGUCACAUCGGCAAAAUCAUGAAAAUUUUCUGAAACCUCCAAAAGUAAUGGUGGAACUCGUGAACGACAGCCAACCUGAACCAACCAUUUCAACAGCUCAAGAAGACAAACAUCAAGACACUUUGACUCUGCCAAAUGAUCUCACAAGUACAGAAAUGUAAGA